AUGCCCCCGGGGCGGGAUGAUGAAGCUGCGAGCGGGCAGCAAAUGGAGGUGAUCAAGGGAGAGGGACUGGACAUGAAUCACAGAGAGCGCAACCAUCCCACAGUGCAUUUCCACCUCCCGUGCCCUUUCCGCGGGGAAAGGCGGGCCGGGAGCGCGCAGGGGAGCGCGGGGACGCGCACGGGCUCCCCGCGGAGCCCCCCCAAGACCUUAUCAAUACAGACCCCUAACGAGGGCGCGCUGCGGCUCCCCAGCUACUUGCCCGCGGUUUACAGCAACCUUUCGCCUGCUCUAAGCGAGGACAAAGACCCCGGGUGUCCCCCGGAGCCGUGUCCCAACGGCAGCGCCGCGCAGACUUUCGACUGGAUGCGAGUGAAGAGGAACCCGCCCAAAACAGCUAAAGUGUCGGAGUACGGACUGCUGGGCCAGCCCAACACCAUCCGCACCAACUUCACCACCAAGCAGCUCACGGAGCUGGAGAAGGAGUUCCACUUUAACAAGUAUCUCACCCGGGCCCGAAGGGUGGAGAUCGCUGCUACCCUGGAGCUCAACGAAACGCAGGUGAAGAUCUGGUUCCAGAACAGGCGGAUGAAGCAGAAGAAGAGGGAAAAGGAAGGUCUAGCCCCGGCUGCCGCUUCCAGGUCUGCGAAAGAAGCAAAUGAAGCAUCGGAUCAGUCCAACUGCACAUCACCUGAGGCCUCCCCCAGCACGGGGUCUUCCUGA